GUUUUCUCUUUCCUUGUUCCCUUUGUCAAUUCAUUUUUUGCUCGAGACGUCGUCCUGCUGUUCAAUCUUGCUCCAGGCGUCCAGAGUCUCCGUUGCUGACUGCCAGCAACAAUCCAAAGGAGCGUGACGUGGGUUGUGGACCCAUAUCUGCAAACUGCAGUUCGCGCAAAGAUCAAUCUAGCGGGGCAAGGGGGGUUUCUGACGGACCUUGAUCCCUGGCGCCUCGUGGCAAAGAGCGCGUCUUCAUCGGUUGCUUGUGCUCGUCUUCUGUUUCCUCGAGACCUCUGUUGCGGUGGUUGAAGGCAGGGCUGCAGGACACAAUGUCUCCUGAGGUAGAAGCCGUUGGUGAACAACAACAUUCCAGGGCCAUUGCCCCCGACCCUGUACGUCAAUCGCUCUGAUUUGGCCGUUGCGAGAGGAGCAUUGACAGAGACUGUGUAGAUGAUCGAGGACGACGACGACCCCACAUACGGUGAUGAUGCUAUGACUGAAACAACAUCCAUCUCGUCAUGGAUACGAGAUUAUCGUGUGGAAAAUGGCCGGACUUAUCACUCAUUCAAGGAUGGGAAGUACUGGGGCUCCAACGACGAAGCAGCAAAUGAACACCUAGAUAUCGGCCACAAUCUAUAUACAAAAUCACUCGGUGGCCGACUAUUUCUCGCCCCCAUCGAUCCUAAUCCCUCUCAGAUCCUGGACCUAGGCACAGGUACUGGCUCAUGGGCAAUCGAUGUCGCCGACACCUACCCUUCCGCCAUUGUCAUCGGCACCGACCUCUCACCCAUCCAACCAUCCUGGGUUCCACCCAACGUGCGCUUCGAAAUCGACGACAUGGAGUCCGACUGGACAUGGCCGACAAACUCCUUCGACCUGAUCCACAUCCGCGGUCUGCACGGGACGAUAACCGACUGGCCCGCACUGUACACACAAUGUAUGCGGGCCCUCAAACCCGGCGGCUGGCUGGAACAGGCCGAGUAUUCUGCGCAAUUUACCAGCGAUGACAACACUGUCCCUCCGGACGGCGGCAUUGCAGCCUGGAACCGCGUUGGGCCCGAGUGCCACAAGGUCCUCAAUCGCGAACUGCAAGUCCUCGACGGCAUGAAAGACCGCAUGCUCACUGCGGGCUUCGAGUCCGUGAUCGAGCACCGAUUUAAAUGGCCGAUAGGACCGUGGCCCAAGAAGCCUGAGCUUAAGGAACUGGGCGCCUGGUCGCGUGCGCAUAUCGAGACCGGCCUGGAAAAUUGGACAUUGCGCCUGCUCACUAGCGUUCUCGGCUGGACGGCGGAUGAGGUCAGGCUGCUAUGCGCGAAUGUCAGGCGCGAGAUUAGGAAUCCAAAAGUCCAUGCUAUUCAGCGGAUGAAUGUGGUUUAUGGGCAGAAGCCCGGCGGGAAGAUGUUUGCCAAUACGUGACAGUCGACCGAGCGAUUUGAGAUUGUUUCGUUCCCGAGUGAUUCAUGACGGCCAUGCGGACAUGGAUUAUACCGAUUUCAGGACGAUCGGAAUGGGGCGGUUUUCUUAUCCUGAAUGCGAGUCGAGUCCAGAUCUUUAGGGGCGGGUUCAUGAGACAUGGUAACGACAUGGAAGCAAGCAUGAGGAUACGGCGCCAGGUUUGGGUUUGCAGGCUUCAACAUGCAUUUGCGGACAGAAACGGCGAAGAUUGGGAGGCUCAGGCUCUGUCCUGUGGAAAUACCUGUUACACGGAAAGAGCAUAAAAAUGACGACUGGGGUUUACUAGGGAUGUGACGUCCUGUAACGUCUUGUCAUUCAUGAACGGGUGGCGCACGUAUAGCCAAAAUGUUGUACAUAGACAUGAAGCAGCUAGCCUCAUGCCUCAAAAGUCGUAUUCAUUACAUGGCAUAGCAAAUUUUUGACCCAA